AUGAACACUAUCCAAGUUGCCGCAAGCAAUCCUGGGUUUUGUAUCGGAAAAAAGUAUCAGCCACACCAUUUUCUUUCUACACCACAUGGAUUGUCAAUGAAUGCCAACCCUCUCUCUAGGACCUUCCUGAUCCCAAGAGCUAAAUCUUCAUCUGGCUUACAAUGUUUGCCUGUUUUAAAAUCUCGGAAACCGCUCCAUGUUUGUUUAGCUGGUGGGAAAGGGAUGAUGGACAAUAGUGAGGAUUCCCAACGGAAAUCUCUUGAGGAAGCUAUGAAAGACCUACAAGAAAAAAUCCAAAAGGGAGAAUACAGUGGAGGAAGUGGGUCCAAGCCACCAGGUGGACGAAGUGGUGGUGGCGGCGGUGGUGGCAUUGAUGGAUCAGAUGAUGGAAUGUCAGAUGAGACCCUUCAAGUUGUUUUUGCAACAAUUGGCUUUAUAUUUGUGUAUGUUUAUGUCAUCAACGGCGUGGAACUUACAAAGCUAACUAGGGACUUCAUCAAGUAUCUGCUUGGAGGAACUCAGAGUGUUCGAUUAAAGCGAGCAUCAUACAAAUGGGUACGACUUUAUAAGAAGAUUACGGGGCAAAAGGAAGUUGAUGAGAAUGGGUUGGAAAAUGCUCCAACCCGAUGGAACAUCGCCGAUUUCUACCGUGAUGUCGUUAGGAAUUACAUGAAACCAAAUUCAAAUGAGUAG